GGUUUUCCCUUCACUUUCCCGGUAGCUAUGAAACUCGUUUACCAAAGCCUCACCGCGUCAUAAGUGCUCUCUGUUUUGAUCAAUUCUAUGCUAUGAAACACGUUUCAUUUCUGAUACGUACUUUCUAAGCCGAUCUGAAGAGUAUCGAUGUUUAAUUUCUUCCAUCCACUCUCCUGAUAAGCCGUUCUUACCUUCACCAGACCUUCAUGAUCAGUAUAUAGAAGCAGCAAAAGCCUCAUAUAUAAAUCUCUUUCUCUUCUCUGAUCUUUAUCAUAAACUAGGUUCGUGAUCGUCUCUCUUCCACCAAUAACCCAGCAAUUCCCAGAAACAGAUACGAAGUGAAGAUUCCAUGGAUCUGUUGAAUGAGCCUGUGAACCACCAAGGAAGAAACAAAAUGAUAUGUCAAUGCGUCUUUUGAUGAACUGCACCGAUGCUUCUCUAGCGGAGUUCCGUGGGAGAGGAAAGAAAGAGAAAAUAAAGGGGGAAAAAAGGGAGAAAAAAAAUAACCACAUCUAUUGUUUUUUGGGGGAUGACCAAUGAAUGAUAUUUUGCUUUUCAAUAUAUUUACCAAAAAAAUAUUUAUGAUUCUUUAAUUCACAUGAUAGCUGUUAAUCUGUAUGUGCUCGUGUAAUUUAAGGUUUAGGCAAUAAACAUGAACUGUUCAUGAGUUUUUUGAGAGGCGAAGACACUCAAGAAUCUUUCCCUUCCCGUCUCUGUUCAUCUCUAAGGAAUGCUGGAAUUUCCGUUAUCAAAGAAGAUACUGAAAAUGAAAUCUCAAUUGAACCGUUGCGAAGGAUGAUUGAAGGUUCUGGAUUUUCAAUCAUCAUCUUCUCCGAGCAGUAUGCUAGUUCCAGAAGUUUCCUCGAAGAGGUUGCAAAAGCCAUGGACUUUCACAGAGCACAGUACGAUCACUUGGUUCUGACCAUAUUCUAUGGCGUAGAUCCAUCCGAUGUUGGCAAUCAAGAAUCCAAUUUUGAGAAACAGUUUCAAAAUCUUAUACAAAGAAUUUCACCCACUGAAGAUCAAGUGUUGAGGUGGAGGAUAGCUCUCAGUGAAGCUGGACGCAUGGUUAAGUUUGUUGUACCUAAUUCCAAUUCCAAGAAUGAAAGUGAGAAUAUUGAGAAUAUUGUCAUGCAUGUUCGUUUUAUGUUGGGCAUGAAAGACAGGGGUGCGUUUACCACAAAUGAUCACCUAGUUGGUGUUCUUUCUCAAGUGCAAGAAGUGAUUAGAAUGUUUCAUGACCAUCAAUCAAAAGAUGUUGUCUCCAUAGGGAUAUGGGGAAUGGGGGGUAUUGGCAAAACAAGUCUUGCUAGAGUCAUUUAUGAGUGCAUAUCUGCCCGAUUCGACAUUCAAUGUUUUCUUGCAAAUUUGAGGGAAAGCUGGGAAACGGACGGCGAAGUUUAUUUACAAAGAAGACUUAUUUCAAAUAUAUGUAGAGCACCAGAUCGGAGAAUAGAUAGCAUUGAAUCAGGACUCCUUGAGUUAAAGAAAAUAUUCAGCCGUAAGAAGGUACUUUUUGUGCUUGAUGAUGUGAAUCACUUGGAGCAACUAAAUACUUUAUGUGCGAGUCCUGAAUGGUUUGGUGAAGGGAGUAGAAUAAUUAUUACAACUCGAGAUUUACAUCUCCUUCAGGCCUUUCAAGUGGACCAUGUCUAUACCAUGAAACUUUUGAGUAAUAUCGAGUCCACUGAACUUUUCAAUAGGCAUGCAUUUAAAGGAGAAAGUCCAGAAGCAUUCAUCGAACUUUCCAGAGAAAUAGUUUCCUUUACUGAGGGGCUGCCACUAGCUCUUAGGGUCGUUGGCGAUUUUCUGUAUGGCCGGUCAUGGCCAGAAUGGGAUGGCACAUGUACACGACUAACCACAUGUCUCGAUCAGGGUAUAUACCGAGGUCUAAAGGUUAGCUUUGACUCUUUACUAAAAAGAGCAAAGGAAAUAUUUCUAAAUGUAGUUAUACAUUAUAUUGGGGAGGACGUGAAUGAUGCGAUACAAAAGUUGGAUGGCCCUGGAUGUAAUGCUAGCAUAGGGAUAAGAGCCCUAGUGGAUCGAAGCCUUGUUACAAUUGACGAGAACAACAGGCUUAGAGUGCAUAAUUUGUUGCAGCACAUGGGGAGACAAAUAAUAAGUGAAAGUGCAAUAAACGAGCUUCAAAAUCAAGGUCAUACGUACGAGGUGUUCUUGAGUUUUAGAGGUGAAGACACUCGAGCAACUUUUACUUCGCAUCUUUAUUCAGCUCUAUGUAAUGCUGGCAUUGUCGUUUUCAAAGAUGAUGUUGAGCUUCCUAGAGGAAAUCAUAUUUCGAUGGAAUUGUUGCAAGCAAUUGGAAGCUCAAAAAUCGCAAUCAUCAUCUUCUCUAGAGGAUAUGCUGAAUCUAAAUGGUGUUUAGAGGAACUGUCAAUAAUCAUGGAGCAUCAUAGAUCAAAUGAUCAAGUGGUUCUUCCAGUGUUCUAUGGUGUGGAUCCAUCAGAAAUUCGUAAUCAAACUUCUAAUUUUGGAGAAGCAUUUCAAAAUCUUAUGCAAAGAAUUUCACCACCAGACAAUCAAGUUGACAAGUGGAGGACAGCCCUUCUUAAUGCUGGGGGCAUUGCUGGAUUUGUUGUACUUGGUUCCAGGAACGAGAGUGAAGAUGUCAAAAAAGUUGUUGAAAAUGUUUGUGACAUAUUGGAUAAGAAAGACUUGUUUGUGGCAGACCACCCAGUAGGAGUGGAUGACCGUGUGCAAGAAAUGAUCACAACACUUCAAAACAACCAAUCAGAAGAUGUUAUCAUAGUAGGGUUUUGGGGGAUGGGUGGCAUAGGCAAAUCAACUAUUGCCAAAGCCAUUUAUAAUAAAAUUGGUCGCAACUUUAAUAGUAGAAGUUACCUUCCAAAGAUCAGAGAGGUUUGGGACCAAGCUAAUGGCCCGGUGUCUUUACAAAACCAACUUCUUUGUGAAAUUUGCAAAACAACAGAAAUGAAGAUAAAUAACAUUGAAUCAGGAAGAAUCACAUUGAAGGAUAGACUUGGCCAUAACAAAGCACUUCUUGUGCUUGAUGAUGUGGACAAGCAGGACCAACUAAAAUAUCUAGCUGGAAGUCGUGACUGGUUUCAUCCAGAAAGUAAAAUAAUCAUCACAACUAGAGAUGAACAUCUCCUUAGUGUCAUUGAAGUAGAUCUUGUAUAUAGAAUGAAGCAUUUGAGCAAAAGUGAAUCUCUUGAGCUUUUAAGUUGGCAUGCAUUUAAGGAACCAUCUCCUGGAGAAGAAUUCAAUGAGCUUUCCACAAGUAUAGUUGCUUAUUCUGGAGGUUUGCCACUAGCUCUUGAAGUCCUUGGCUCCUAUUUGUUUCAAAGGAAAGUGUCAGACUGGGAGAGUGUAUUGGAAAAGCUAAAGGAAAUUCCCAACAAUGACAUAUACAAGAAGUUAAAAAUAAGCUACGAUGGUUUAAAUGAAGAUACAGAGAAAGAAAUAUUCCUUGAUAUAUCUUGCUUUCUUAUUGGGAUGGAAAAAAAUGAUGUCACACACAUAUUAAAUGACUGCGGAUAUUUUGCAAAUAUUGGAAUAAGUGUCCUUGAAGAGCGAAGUCUUCUUACCAUUGAUGAGAAAAAUAGGAUUGGAAUGCAUGAUUUGCUGCGGGAUAUGGGAAGGGAAAUAACUCGUGAAGAGUUUCCCAAAAAGGUUGAGAAGCGAACUAGGUUAUGGUCUCAUAAAGAAGCUGUGAAUGUAUUGUCAAAAUACACUGGGAAAAAAGUUAUUGAUGUAGAGGGACUUGCAUUGAAGUUCUCACAAAUUGAUGGGAAAGAUAAUUUUUAUACAAAAGCAUUUCAAAGGAUGGAGAGGCACAGAUUGCUUUGUCUUGGCAAUGUGCGACUUGAAGGAGACUAUAAAUACAUUAGUAGAGAUCUCAAAUGGCUUUAUUGGCAUGGGUUUCUUUUGAAGUGCAUCCCUAGAAACUUUUAUCAAGAAAAUUUAGUUGCUCUUGAGUUGAAGGGCAGCAAUCUCAGACAAGUGUGGGAGGAACCCCAGGUAUUGAAAAGGCUGAAAAUUCUCAAUCUCAGCUACUCUACUUCAUUGGCGCAAACUCCUGAUUUUUCGAAACUGCCAAAUCUUGAGAAGUUGAUUCUUGAAAAUUGUCCAAGUUUGUCCACAAUACAUCACUCUAUCGGGUAUCUUGGUGAACUUCUCUUGCUGAAUUUAAAGGAUUGCACUGGCCUUCAUAGUCUCCCAAGAAGCAUUUAUAGAUUGAAAAAGUUGAAAACUCUCAUUCUUUCUGGUUGUUUGAAGAUUGACAAGUUAGAGGAGGAUAUUGAGCAAAUGGAUUCAUUGACUGCACUAAUUGCUGACAAGACUGCAAUAACUCAAGUGCCUUUUUCAUUAGUGAGAUUGAAAAGCAUUAGAUACAUAUCUCUUUGUGGUUAUCAAGGAUUAUCACGUGAAGUGUUUCCUUCUCUCACUUGGUCUUGGAUGAACCCAACAAAUAAUGUUCUAUCUCUUAUGCCAACUUAUGGGGGCAUGUCAUCUUCAAUUUUGUGGAAUAUGCUAAAUAGUUGCAUCCCUUCUCUUUCAUCAAUUCCUGAUAGCCUGCCGAACCAACAAAAUCGUCUAUUGGAAUGUGGAGAAGAGAUCCAAACUCAAGUAAAUAGAGGGGUCACAAGAAUGUUGGAAUCCUCAUAUGCCACAAAUUGCACCAACAUCUCAGUGUCAGAAGAUUGCUUGAGAUAUCUCUUAAUUCAAGUUGGAACGACUGACCAAGUCAUUAUCCCUGAGAGUAUUUCACAGGGAUUGACUUGCAAAUAUCCCUAUGGGCAAACGUUCAAGGGUGUGCAAGAUUCUGCAAAGUUUAAAGUGCCUCAAGUCAAUGGUUGUCAUUUGAAAGGGAUGUAUUUUGUGUUUUACCCUUUUGGCGGUGAUUUAGGCAACGAGGCAUCUAAAUUUCUUGUCAACUUAAUGAUCAUAAACUAUACAAAGACAACUACUUUGCGCUACACGCGAGACACAGUGACUUCAUUUGGAGAAGUGGAGUGGAAGGAAAUCAAAUCAAAUCUGGAUGCAAAUGAUCAAGUGGAGGUGAUUGCAGAUUUUGGGAAUAGGUUCACUAUGAAAGAGACUGUUGUGUACUUGAUCUAUGAUGAGUCAUUUGAUGAACAGAUUUUAGGAAUAGAUUCAUCAUCAUCUUCUGCAGCAAGUAUAACAGGAGAAAGUUAGAGACGAUUCCAAUUGAUCAGGCCGAGUCGAGCUUAAUUCACAGAUUUCAACAUUGUAUUCUCUCAAUUUUUUGCUUUCUGUGCAACUUCUGUGAGGGUCACACGACAGGUGGUAACAAUUAGUAUUGCCACCGAUCCUUUAUUUCACCAUGACAACUAUGUCCUAUAGUUUUUUUUUUUUAUUUUGUUUUUAAG